CCCACCUCUCUCUCUCACUUCCAGUGGUUGUUUGAUCGGAGACGGAAAGGAGCCGCAGCUUACUUAGCUCAAUCCAUCCCCUGAACGACCCAGAACAAAUCGUCCGCCUCUUGUACAUCUUCAAACCCAAGGAGGCGAUUUUGCCGCCGAUCCGCGCGUAUACGUAUCGGGAGUCGAACUGCAGAGGUGAUUGGGCGUCAAAGUCUGGAUCUUCCUUUCUCUCUGGCCACUAACUCCUUACCGGAACUUUUCCCCAGCAGACUUCCCAAUUUUUCUUGCUAGUAUUUUUAGUAAAAGUGCUUCCUCUUUGUCCAUCGGUUCUCCUUGCCACUUCUAAUCCUUGCUCGAACCCUGUAAAGUUCCUUCUUUGGGUCUAUUUCGGAUUUGGUGCUCGGCUUGUCGGCCUCCGUUGCUCUACGAGGUUAGUGUUGGGACACCAGAAUUGGACUUUGUAAGGCUUCCGGAGUGUUGCGGAGAUUUGUUUUGAUGCGUUUCGGUUCGCGUCUUUGCGGCUGCUAAAGCGAUGGUGGUUCUUGCUGGGGUUAGCUUUUUGGUUGAGAGAAAAAUAUCCUCUUUUGACCUCUAAGUGUUAUUUCUAGGACAGUGAGCGGUCACCUUAUGAGAAGUUUUUAGGAGUGUCGCACUUCCAGAUUGCUUAGAUCGGUAGAUCAGUUCAUUGAUUCAUUCAGUGCUGGCGUAGGAGGUGGGCAUUCUGUAUGCUGAGAGCAGGAAAAAAACGUAUUGACUGAGGCUAUUUGGUGAUUGGCAGGUUUUACUCCAACUUUAAGAUGAUCAGGUUUGCUUGGGUUAUUUGUGGUGGUGACUCGCAGUGAAAUUAAUGAAGAUGACCUGAAACUGGAAAUGAUUGUGGGAACAUGUUGCAGCAGCAGGAGCAUGGGUGGCUCUCUGUUCCCUUUCUGGAACAGCAGUAUUGGAUACUAAGUUUUGUAGCUGAUCCAGGUUCACUGUGCAAUGUCUCGCUGCUUCCCAUUUUCUCCAACAGGAUAUGAAAGGAAGACAAAUGACCACUUAGACUCACAAGCCGAGGAGAAACGCAAAGAGAAGAAGCGAAAGAAAGAAAAGAGAGAAGGUAAAGAUAGAUACAAGGAGAAGAAAUCUCAGAAAGAAACGCACAAAGACUACAAGAAAAAGGAUAGGAAGGACAGAAGCAGUAUACGAAAUGGGAGGCCUGACAAACAAAGUCAGUCUCCUGAUGGAAAUUUGCUUGGAGAGAACAACCAUAAGCCUAAGCAAAUUAAUCAUUUUAAGGAUUUUGACUGGGGGAUCAAAGAUGAACAGAAGGUGGCAGCAAACAGAAAGGAUGAUAACUUCAAAUUUCCAGCUCAUAAAAGCAUCAGAAGCUUGGCCGCUGCGACUGCAAUGGUUAAAGAAAGUGUUGCAAGUCAUCGAACAUUUCCAUCCUCCAGUGAAGAAAUUAAUCAAUCUAAGUUUAAGGUGUUGGACAGGGAGAUCAAAGAUGAUAGCAAGACGGAAGAAAACCAAAAGGUCAGGAACUUCAACAUUCCAGUUCAAAAAAGCGUUGGAACUAUGGAUAAAAAAAGGUCUGCAGAUCAUAAAGCAUUUCCAUCCUCCGCAGUUGCUCCACAAAGGCAGAUUGGUAGCAUGGAAAGACCGGCUGACAAUUUCCAUAAUUCAACUCCAAAGAGAAAUGAGGGGAUGGUCUCUAAAAGUGAAAUACAAAAGGAGAAAAAUGCCAUGGAGAAGUUGGUGUCCAUGCUCAUUAGUACCAGACAAAGAGGAAAUGGGGGUGUAUCAUUACUGAUGGAGAACUUGGACGGAUCAAUCCAUAGAAGAUUUAAAGGCUCAUCCCCUGCAACUUCUGUGGAGAUUGAUGAUUGCAAUAAUAACAAAGUUGCCAUUAUUUCCAAUAAUUCAGUGCAAAGAACGAUCAAUGGGAUGGGCCAUUCGGCAAACAGGCUCUCUGUUCAUAAAAAUGUCAACUCUAGCUUUCCUGUUAAGAUAGAAGACAGAGCGAACAAGGACCGUAUGGUUGCACGAAAUGAUGGAAUGGGUGGACUUGUGGAGAAGGAUGCAAAUAAUGGGAUUCAGGAAGGGAAAUCGAAGAACAAAGAGAGGGAAGCUUGUGGUAAGAGAGAAGAGAAAUACAAGAACCAGGAUCUUGAUAAGAAGGACAAGGAUAAAGACAAACAUAAGGGCAAAGAAAAAGAAAAGGUGAAAGUCAAAAAAGAUAAGGAACAAAAAGAGCCUAGAGAUGACAGGAAAAAGAAUCAAUUAGAUGCUCUCAGACUAAAACCUUUAGCCUCUCAGAUAAAUAAUGCAAAGAACAACAUCAUUGAUGAGAACAUCAAGAAGAGGAAAGAAAUAGAGAAAAAUAGCAUUCACAAUGACACUAAUUUCCGGCCUAACAAGACUCAAAACACAAACUUCUCCACUCCCCUAUGUGAAGAGAACGGCACACUAGAGUCAUCUGAUAUUGUUUUUCCUCGAUUAAAACCUGAAGCCAUUGGCAACAAACUAUCAUUAAAUGCCAUUGACCAAGAGGAAUGCAUCAAAAAUAGCAUCACGAAAACUCAGUCAUCCUCAGCUCUGUCAAUGUACCCAGUUGCUGCAAAGACUGACAUGACUAAAGUUGGUGCAACUCCUCACCCAGAUUGUGUAUACCUCGAUCGAUUAUACACAAUUCCCAAAGUCGAUGGAUACCCUGAGUAUGAUGACCAGGAGUGGGUUUUUAGCAGCUGUCACGACCGAAAGUCAAAUUCUAAGCUUCAGGCCAAUGCUAAUGAAGUUCCCCAGGUUUGGUCCGAGACAAUAAAAAUUGAGUCAGAGAAUGUUCUCGCUAUGCCGUAUGUGGUUCCUUUCUGAUACAUGGGGUUCAAAUUACCUGGAAGUUGCCAAUUUAUCUCGAAAGAGACCAGGCAGCAUGAAUCGCUAGUUUCUGUAUGGCUAUUAUUCCUGGUUUGUGCUCAUACUUGUUGCAGAUUCAAUAUAUGGAGCCUCUUUUAUGUGUAACGAACUACUCAUGGCACACUCAAAAGCCGGAUGACAUGUUGACCCCAACCCGUCCAGGAUUUUGCCUGCAUCCAAAUGGAAUCAGCAAGUCAUUCAGGUAACCAAAUGAGCUCCAGUGUUCAAUGACAAGGAAAGAAGAGGAAGAAAAUGAGAAACAGCCUACUCGACCAUGUCUUGAAUUGUCUUGGAGUGUUAGUACAACUGAGAAUGGAGCGGUGGUUCUGAUUUGUAUUGAUGUACAUCUUUCUCAUAUAAAUGGAAUGUACAAUGAGGGGGAGGAGAAAAUGAAAGGGGAUAUUAUUCAUUCACACUACAAGAUUUUGUCAUAGGUUGACAUUUUUGUUCUAGGAAACAGUUUGAAUUUGUUUUUUUUCCCA